AGCAGCCCCCGCCGGUGUCGUGGGUGCAGAGGUCACUUGAGGCGGCACGCCCGUACGCGAUGCUCGCUCGUCUCGACAAACCCAUCGGCUCCUGGCUCCUCGCUUGGCCAUGCAUGUGGUCACUAACAAUGGCGGCAAUGCCAGGGGCGCUUCCUGACUUGAAAAUGCUCGCACUCUUCGGAUGUUUAACUAUCCCCAUGAGGGGAGCCGCUUGCACGGUCAAUGAUCUUUUCGACCGCAACAUUGAUAACAAGGUUGAGCGCACCAAAAGCAGGCCUCUUGCAUCAGGCGCUCUAACUCCUACUCAAGGAUUGUGCUUCUUCGGAGUUCAACUACUACUAGGACUGGGAGUGGGUUUUCUUCUCCAACUGAACAACUUAAGCCGUGUUCUUGGGCUCAUUUGGUUUCCAUUGGCCUAUUCAUAUCCCCUAAUGAAGAGGCUCACAUUUUGGCCUCAGGCAUAUCUCGGAUUAUCGUUCAACUAUGGAGCUUUAUUAGGAUGGGCUGCUAUCAAAGGUACUUUAGAGCCCACUAUCGUCCUUCCAAUGUAUAUUGCUGGGAUAUGUUGGACAUUGGCGUAUGAUACCAUAUAUGCACACCAGGACAUAAAAGAUGACCUCAAAGUAGGAGUUAAGUCCACAGCCAUAAGGUUUGGAGAUUCAACCAAGCACUGGAUUAGUGCCUUUGGUACUGCAACGAUUGGCGGUUUAGCACUUAGUGGCUAUAAUGCUGGACUUGCUUGGCCAUACUACCCAAUUCUUGCAGCUGCAGCUGCACAGUUGGCAUGGCAGAUUUCAACUGUUGACUUAACUGAUCGCGCAGAUUGCAACAGGAAAUUUGUCUCAAAUAAUUGGUUUGGAGCAUUGGUAUUCAUCGCCAUAUUUUUCGGUCGACUUGCAUCAUGAUCGAUACAUCAGGCGUGAUGUGACACUGUGACUUCCAUAUAGGAUUUUACACAUUUUUGUGACUGCCCUAGAAUGAGAGACAAUUUGUGAUAUGCUAAGUGCAGUGUACUCCAAAAUGAACAUUUCAAAGUUCAUCAUUUAAUAACAUCUGAGUAAAUAAGAUUUGGAAAAGUUAAAACCAAUAUGGCUA